AUGGAGUACGAUCCAAAGACCCCCCAAUACUUGACGUCGGACGAGACGAGCUUCGCCUCUGUUUCGGCUCGAGACCGAUGGCCAGUUAUCCUUACUGGCGCAAUUGACGACCUUCACCGGACAGUUGGCGACGUCCCUACCACGGAAACUGAAAAGCGAGCGGAGGGAAAGACUAUUAUUGAAGAAUUGGCUAAAUUGAAAUACGAAUUGCAGCAUAACCGGCAAUUGACACCACUACUCGAGGAUGGCGAGCCUGAUAUUGCCGAAUAUAACGAGGAAUUGGAGAAACGCGGAAACCCAACUUGGUAUAACGUCCCAUGGCUUUAUUCUGAAUGUUAUCUAUAUCGAAGACUUGCGACUCUCUUCAACCGGUCCAAAUACUGGAAAGGCUAUGAUGUCUUUUCGCGUCAGAAAAUGUCUACUUUCAAAUCAUCGCGUCCAGCUGUCCUCGAAUUGGCCGGUAGAUACAGAGCUCUAGCCCUGGAGGCCGAGAAAGAAUCAAAAGAAGGACUCUCUGGAGAGCAGAUCGAAGAGGCCGAACAACUCAUCUUCGCUGAAAUGUGCGAGAUUUGCCUAUGGGGGAAUGCAACUGACCUCUCCCUGCUCACUUCUCUUACCUACGAAGACAUCCAAAAACUGCAAGGUUCCGAAGCCCGUAAGGCCUCGGAAAAGAACAUACUCGUCAACGACAUGAAGGCUGCGUAUGACGUUCUGCGAGAUGCGCGCAAGACCAAGAAGGCCGGCGAAGAACGAAGAGUAGACAUUGUCCUCGACAAUGCAGGCUUUGAGCUUUUCGUCGACCUAAUCCUUGCCGGAUACCUGCUCUCUUCGGGCUUGGCCACGACUGUCGUUCUGCGUCCCAAAGUGGUUCCCUGGUUUGUCUCAGAUGUUAUUCCCAAGGACUUUGCGGAUUUGUUGAAUGCGCUUGCCAUUCCUCAGGCAUUUUACACUGCGGCCGACGAAUCAGACUCUGACUGCAAGCAUCCUCCUCUUUCUGACGAGGAAUUGAAGAAUAUCGACUUUCUGUUCAGUCAAUGGAGUACGUUCCAUGCGGAAGGAAAACUGGUCCUGCGCCCGCAUCGAUUUUGGACAGCUGCAGGAUCUUAUUGGCGUCUGCCGAAGACUGCGUCUGAUCUUCACGAGGACCUGCAGGCUUCUGAACUCGUCCUUUUCAAGGGUGAUCUCAACUACCGCAAGUUGACAAGCGACGCUGCUUGGGACCCUACAACCACAUUCACCGAAGCCAUAGGACCCUUAGGCCCCAAGUCCGGGGUCCGUAUCCUGUCCUUCCGAACCUGCAAAGCUGAUGUCGUUGUUGGUCUUCAGCCCGGUGAAGAUGAGCGUCUACGCCAAUUGCCGGGUGGAGGUGGCGACUCCGGUGCUAGAAAAUGGGCCUGGAGUGGUAAAUGGGCUGUGGUGUCGUUUUGUGACGGGAAGAAAUGA